UCGUUCAUAGACGAUCCUCUGCUUCCUGAAAAUAAAUAAAUAAAAUCAUAAUAGUAAAUAAUCAGGGUGUGAAUGAUAUUUUGAAUGAAAUUGUUUGAAAUGAAGGAAUAAAAAAAAAGCUUUUGACUUGUGUCGAAAUGAGGGAAAGUAUGGCUGCCGAGAAAGUUACUCUCUCCGAUGCUCUUUCUAAUGUUGAUGUACUUGAUGAAUUACCAUUACCUGAUCAACAACCUUGCAUUGAGGCUCAACCAUGUAGCAUUGUGUAUCAUUCAAAUUUUGAUACUAAUUUUGAAGAUCGCAAUGCUUUCAUCACGGGACUUGCUAAGUACAUUGAAGAAGCUACUGUGCACGCAGAACUUAAUGAAAUGCUCGAAGAAGGUGAAGAGCAUGCAGUUAUGCUCUACACUUGGCGAUGUUGUUCAAGAGCCAUUCCUCAGCCUAAGUCUAACGAGCAACCCAAUCGCGUUGAAAUCUACGAAAAGACUGUUGAGGUGUUGGCACCGGAAGUAAAUAAGCUGCUUAAUUUCAUGUAUUUUCAAAGGCGUGCUAUCGAAAGGUUCAGCACUGAGGUGAAACGUUUGUGUCACGUUGAAAAAAGGAAAGAUUUCGUUUCCGAGGCCUAUUUGCUCACCCUCGGUAAGUUUAUAAACAUGUUUGCCGUGCUGGACGAACUCAAGAACAUGAAGUCGAGUGUAAAAAACGACUACGCUACCUAUCGCAGAGCCGCGCAAUUUUUAAAAGUAAUGGCGGAUUCUCAAGCAUUGCAAGAAUCUCAGAAUCUAUCAAUGUUUCUCGCAACGCAGAACAGAAUAAGAGAUACUCUCAAAGAAAAUUUGGAGAAAAUCUCUGGAUAUGAAGAACUGAUGGCUGACGUUGUUAACAUAGCUGUACAGAUGUAUGAAUAUAAAAUGUACAUGCUACCCACUGAAAAACACAUGCUUGUUAAAGUCAUGGGCUUCACGCUGUUUUUGCUGGAUGGGGAAAUCUCAAAUAUCAAUAAAAUGGAUCAAAAGAAACGCGUUAAUAUCGCCAAGAUUGAUAAGAUCUUUAAGCAGCUCGAGAUGGUACCCCUGUUUGGAGACAUGCAAAUUGCUCCUUUUAAUUACAUAAAGCGUAGUCCUCAUUACGAUCAGUCUCGCUGGCCUCUGGCGAGCUCUAGCUCUCCCAGUCCCCAAUCAGAUUUGCUGCAGCACUUGCCCACCAUAAGGGAUGAAUAUGUCCGCUACAUCAGCGAGUUGGCUCGACACAACAACGAGGUGACCACGACUGUCAAAGAAACUCCCCGCACUGAUUCGGAAAACAAAGAGCUGACCGAAAUAGCUCUCCAGGGCUUACAGUUGCUGUCAGAUUGGAGCACUCAUGUGACUGAAUUGUAUUCUUGGAAACUCAUGCAUCCAACAGACCAUCAUCAGAACAAACAGUGUCCACAGGAAGCUGAAGAAUACGAACGGGCCACUCGGUACAACUAUAGUGACGAGGAAAAGUUUGGCCUGAUUGAAGUGAUUGCUAUGAUCAAAGGUCUGCAAGUGCUCAUGAGUCGUAUGGAGACGGUUUUUACAGAUGCCAUACGUAGACACGUUUACGCAGAACUGCAAGAAUUUAUUCAGGUAACACUCAGAGAACCACUCAGGAAAGCAGUUAAAAACAAAAAGGAUUUAAUUCGUAGCAUAAUUCUUGCCGUUCGUGAAACGUGCGCUGAUUGGCUUAGAGGUUCAGAACCGCAUGAAGAUCCAGCUUUGAAAGGUAAAAAGGAUCCUGAAAAUGGAUUCGAUAUUAAAGUGCCCCGCCGAAAUGUUGGCCCAUCAAGCACUCAACUGUACAUGGUUCGGACUAUGCUGGAGUCCUUGAUAGCUGAUAAGAGCGGAGGUAAGAGGACCUUGAGGAAAGAUAUUGACGGUCCUUACCUUAUCGCGAUUGAUGUGUUUCAUAAGGCAUCUUUUUACUGGAACUAUUUGUUGAAUUUCAGUCAGACUCUGCAAGAAUGCUGUGACCUAUCAGCUUUGUGGUAUCGGGAAUUUUACCUCGAAAUGACUAUGGGGAAGAGGAUUCAAUUUCCCAUUGAAAUGUCCCUCCCUUGGAUACUGGCCGAUCACAUAUUGAAAACUAAAGAUUCAUCCAUGAUGGAGUGUGUAUUAUAUCCUCUUGAUUUGUACAAUGAUAGUGCAUACUAUGCACUGACAAAGUUUAAGAAACAGUUCCUCUAUGAUGAAGUUGAGGCAGAAGUUAAUUUGUGUUUUGAUCAACUUGUAUACAAACUAUCUGAACAGGUUUUUGCUUACUACAAACACCUGGCCGGUAGCAUCCUACUCGAUAAAAGAUUCCGCGCGGAGUGUGCUAGUUACGGCACAUGCUUCCAUUACCCCCCUGCGAACCGUUACGAAACUCUUCUGAAGCAGAGGCACGUUCAGCUGUUAGGGCGAUCUAUUGAUUUGAAUCGCCUGAUCGCUCAGCGAGUGAAUGCUGCUUUGCAAAAGUCUUUAGAUUUGGCAAUCAGUAGAUUUGAAGCUGGUGACAUUACAGGCAUUGUUGAGCUGGAAGGAUUAAUCAAAGUCAAUAAACUGGCCCACAAGCUUCUUGGGAAGUACGUCAUUUUGGACGACUUUGACUCAAUGCUUCGCGAGGCAAAUCACAAUGUCUUAGCUCCAUAUGGUCGUAUAUGCCUACAUGUAUUUUGGGAACUGAAUUUUGAUUUUUUGCCCAAUUAUUGCUAUAAUGCAGCUACCAAUCGAUUUGUGAAAGUAAAAGAUAUCACGUUCACUCAGCCCGUAGCUCGAGACAAACCGCCGGCUGCUCAUCCUAACUAUUUCUUCGGUACGAAAGCCUUGAAUGUGGCCAACAGCACUAUUUAUGGCAUGUACACCGGUUUCGUCGGAUCGCCUCAUUUCCGAUCCAUCUGUCGCCUGUUGGGAUAUGAGGGAAUUGCCGUCGUCAUGGAAGAGCUCUUGAAAAUAGUUAAAAGCUUGAUCCAGGGCACAUUGUUGCAGUACACGUCCACCCUAAUGAAUGUUAUGCCUAAAGUGUGCAAGUUGCCCCUUUAUGAAUAUGGAUCACCCGGCGUUUUGCACUAUUAUCAAGCUCAGCUUACCGAUAUUGUUCAGUAUUCCGAUGUGAAGACUGAAAUGUUUGAAGCCUUUCGGGAAGUGGGGAAUGCUAUUUUGUUUUGCCUAUUGAUUGAGCAGAGUUUGUCCCAAGAAGAGGUGUGCGAUUUGCUGAAUGCUGCUCCAUUCCAAAAUAUACUUCCACGUCCUUACUGUAAAGAUGGAGAGAAGCCGGAAACGAAAUUAAAGAGACUUGAAGCGAAAUAUGCCCCCCUGCAGGUUGUUUCAAACGUGGAAAGGCUGGGAACGGGUAAACAAGCUGCCAUCGCUCGCGAAGGAGAUCUACUCACCAAAGAAAGAUUAUGUUGCGGCUUGUCUAUAUUUCAAGUGAUACUGACGAAAAUUAAAUCUUACUUGGAUGAUCCCAUUUGGACAGGAGCGCCACCUAUGAACGGCGUCAUGAAUGUGGAUGAAUGCACAGAGUUUCAUCGCUUGUGGAGUGCUUUACAGUUUGUUUACUGCAUUCCUGUUGGAGAAAAUGAAUUUACAGUUGAAAUGCUAUUUGGAGAGGGAUUAAAUUGGGCGGGAUGCGCCAUGAUCAUGCUGCUCGGUCAGCAGAAGCGGUUCGAAGCCCUCGAUUUUUGUUACCACCUGUUAAAAGUUCAGAGAGUAGACGGAAAAGACGAAGUUGUUAAGGGAAUCCCUUUAAAAAGAAUGGUGGAUCGUAUUAGAAGAUUUCAAGUUCUAAACAGUCAGAUAUUUGCUAUUUUAAACAAAUAUUUAAAAUCAGGGGAGGCAGACAAUAUGCCAGUCGAGCAUGUUCGGUGCUUUCAACCUCCUAUUCAUCAGUCAAUUGCUGCCAUAACUGGACAACAAAAUAUUACCACAAUUUACAUGAGAACUGAUGGAAUGUCAAAAUAAUUUAUCAUUAUUAAGCCAAAGAAAUUUUUUACUUAAAAACUUUUGUAAUCCUUAUAUAUCUUUUAGCUGUUAUGGUAGGUGUUUAUUUUAUACCUUUUCCAUAUUAUGCAUCAAGUAAAGUAAGAACCUGAAAGAAAACAUUCUUGAACUUAUUUUGAUGCUUGGAAUUCUCUUAGUAAUUUUUUAGAGAAUGAAAAUGCAUUUAAUUCUCUGUAAAUAAAUAUAUAUAUAUAUGUUGGUAUG